GACCAGGAAGUGUGUGAUCCCAGACUGGGAAGGAGGACGGGAAGAGGACCAGCGAUCUUGGGAAGGAUUGAACUAACUUGUGGACAUGUGGAAUCCUAGUGCUGGGCCAAAUCCAUAUCCACCCCAAGUUGUGUGUCCAGGAGGUUCCAAUCCUGCCUGCCCACCAUCCCAAAAUCCUGCCUUUCCUCCUGGCCCCUGUCCUCCCGGAAUUCCUCAGGGAAACCCAGCUUUCCCUCCGUGUCGACCUCCUUAUCCUGUACCGCAACCAGGGUGUCCAGGAUACCAACCCUCAGGUCCCUACCCUCCCCCGUACCCACCAGCUGCUCCUGGCAUGUGCCCCGUGAAUCCUCCGGCUCCUGGCAUGGUAGGCCCAGGAAUAGUGAUAGACAAGAAGACUAGGAAGAAAAUGAAGAAAGCUCACAAGAAAUCACACAAGCAUCAUAAGCACGGGAAGCACUCCUCCUCCUCUUCCUCCUCCUCCUCCUCCAGCAGUGACUCUGACUGAACACAGGGCCUGGAGCCUCCUCCCCUCAAGCCUCACCAGCUCCAGUCUCCCACCAAGCUUCACCUGUCAUCUUGUACUGAGGGGAAAUUAGCGCCCCGCCCCACUCCUUCCUGUGCCUUCUCCCCGCUGUUGGGGAAGAUGACUGCCGAGGGGUAGCAAAAGCUACCUUCUCCCUGCUUGAUAUUACCGUAGCUUAUGAGGUGGGGGGGGGCACUGUCUUUUAAGAUAUGCACCAUGUGAUUUUUCUUUUGUAACUUGGGUUUGUGACAA